CAGAUCGCUCUGAUCCCCCUCAGGAGCACGUGAUACUCGAGUACAUCUGGGCUAACCGGUCUACCUCCCGACGGUUGACGGACGGACUACCAAGGUGUUGACACCUUUUGUCUACUGUAGACUACUGUCUGGCUUUCGCUUACCGCGCCCCUCGACGACCAAGAGACUCGAACUCCUCUGCCGGCAGUCCACACCACAGUUGCCCGCAUCACAUCACGGGAGAAUGAUUGGCACAUUCCGCGCGCUGGCCGCUCCGCCGGAGCCUUGUUUCCGGCAUGCAGGGCAAACAGAGGAAUCGGUGAAGGGUGCAAGCAGAAAUGGCCAUCAUAAUUAGCCAAACCCCCAGAGUGGUUGCCACUGUACCGCAGCAGCGCUGUACCGUACUGUACCGUCCCGGAGAACUUCCACAUUUUCCCGGAUAAAAACCCAUUCUAGCGGUGACUUUGCCCGAGUUGGUAUUUGCUGGCUAAUCGUGCGGUGAGUUACUGCCCUGCAUAAUACAAUACUCGCUCGGCGCCCUCGUACCAUUAUCGUACUACGAGGAGCAAAUACCGUAUUGUACCGUACUCCCGUCGGCCAGGUUCCGCUUCCAGCUUGCCCCACAUUGUCGCUAGUUGCCUCACUGCAAUAUCAUAAGGGGAGGAAAAGCCCUCACUUCCGUUUCAUCCUUCCCCAACCAACCCACAGUUCUCUCCAAGCCUUCCAGACAAAUCAUGUCCACCUUUGGGUCCCAAUUUCGCGUUACUACGUAAGUAUCAUACCCUUUUCUUCCUCCACAAACCCUCCUAUCGAGACUGCCCCGCUUCACGACCCGAGGGGGCAACGAGCCAAAGACUGACACCGCCCCAGCUACGGUGAAUCCCACUGCCGCUCGGUCGGCUGUAUCGUCGAUGGUGUUCCUCCGGGAAUGGCAUUGAGCGAAGCCGAUAUUCAGAUUCAGCUCUCUCGUCGUCGUCCCGGCCAGUCGUCACUAACUACCCCCCGUAAUGAAAAGGAUAGCGUGCAGAUCCAGUCCGGAACUGAAUUCGGGUAUACACUUGGGACACCGAUCGGCUUGAUGGUGCAGAACCAGGACCAGAGGCCACAUGACUAUUCUGAGAUGGACUUGUAUCCAAGGCCCAGUCACGCCGAUUUCACCUAUCUCAUGAAGUACGGCGUCAAGGCUAGCUCGGGAGGUGGUAGAAGUAGCGCCAGGGAAACCAUCGGUACGUUAUCUCGCGGAGGGGCCCCCUAGUCGCUCCUCGGGGCUAUGGCCAAGCAGCCUUUUGGAUGGCUGCUAACACGCUUUCCCGUAGGCCGCGUUGCAGCCGGCGCCAUUGCUGAAAAGUAUCUUGGCUUGGCCUACAAGACCGAAAUCGUGGCUUUUGUAUCGAGUGUCGGACCCAUCCAUAUUCCAGGGUCAUUAGAUCACACCUCUCCCGAAUACAUUGCCUUCCUUUCGGACCUCACCCGCGAGAAGGUGGACACCUUCCUGCCGGUUCGAUGUCCCCACACCGAAUCCAACGACAAAAUGGCCAAGUUGAUUGCGGAAUAUCGUGACAAGAGCGACUCCAUCGGAGGGACCGUCACUUGUGUCAUCAAGAACGUUCCCCUCGGCCUUGGUGAGCCGUGUUUCGACAAGCUCGAGGCAAAGCUUGCGCAUGCUAUGCUCUCAAUCCCGGCAACCAAGGGCUUUGAAAUUGGCUCGGGAUUCAAGGGCACUGAGAUGCCGGGAUCUAUUCACAAUGAUCCCUUUUCUUCCGCGCCCGACACGAAUGGAAGGUUGGGCACCACGACCAAUAACUCGGGCGGUGUCCAGGGCGGCAUCAGCAAUGGAGAGAAUAUUUACAUCAAGGUCGCUUUCAAGUCGCCCGCCACAAUUGGCAUCGACCAGUCCACCAGCAAAUACGAUGGAACCCCCGGCGUGUUGGCCGCUAAAGGGAGGCAUGACCCUUGCGUCGUCCCCAGAGCGGUCCCCAUUGUUGAGGCUAUGGCGGCUUUGGUCAUCAUGGAUGCUGUUCUCAUUCAACAGGUGAGUGUUUCCAAUCCCAUCCAUAAUUCCGAAAAUCGGCCCCUAAUGUCAUUGCAGCAACGCGAGACAUCGAGAUCUCUACUCCCAUCCAUGCCCCAACCUAUUGGCUUGAAAACCCCUGCGGUAGUUGACGGCAGUGAGAGAAAGGUCGACCCAGCCAAAGUUCCAGAGGCCGAGAGGGCCAAGCUAGUUUCUGAUCCCAAGGGGGGGCGGGUAGUUGGCGGUCAAGGAGAGGUCUUUGGCGAUGAGUAAUGCUACUGUAUACUAUCUUUUGCCAUACGGGCUAGCUUAGACGGUGGAGGGGGGGGGGGGGACAGCCGGCAUAAAUAAAGACGAGACACUAAACUCU